AACGGAGUUUGAUCCAAACGUUUAUAAACCUAUUUUAAGCCUUGGGAGCUCUGUUUCCUUGCUCUGUAUUCAUCAUAGACCUAUUUUAAGCAUUGGGAGCUCUGUUUCCUUGUUCUGUAUUCAUCAUAGACCUAUUGUAAGCCUUGGGAGCUCUGUUUCCUUGCUCUGUAUUCAUCAUAGAUAUAUUUGCACAGCAGAGCCAACCAUGUUGAAGAGAAUGUUUGGAAAGCCCAAGAAAGAGACAAAUACCGUCUCCACCCUUGACAGACUCCAUGAGACCCUUGAAAUGCUGGAGAAAAAAGAAAGAGUCUUGCAAAAGAAGAUAUCUAUGGAGGUUGAAAAAGCCAAAGAGUUUAGUCGGUCAAAUAAUAAAAGAGCGGCAAUACAAUGUUUGAAGAGGAAGAGACUUUAUGAUGUUCAAAUUGAGCAGCUUGGAAAAUUUCAAUUACGAAUUCAUGAUCAGAUGGCUAUGUUGGAAGGUGCAAAAGCUACCACAGAAACUGUCGCCGCAUUGAGAACUGGAGCGUCAGCCAUGAAAGCAAUCCAGAAAGCCAUGUCUAUUGAUGAUGUGGAUAAGACCAUGGAUGAGGUGAACGAGCAAACAGAGAACAUGAAGCAGAUUCAAGAAGCUUUGUCAGUUUCCAGUUCAGUUGCAGACCUUGAUGAUGAUGACUUGGAAGCUGAGUUGGAAGACUUGGAUGGCACAGAGUUAGAGCAGCAACUGUUGCGACCUAGUACCACUGCCACAGCAAUGCCAACUCCUGCUGCACCAAUGCCAACUCCUGCAAUUCCAGCCACCAAAGAGCAAGCUUGGCGUGCACCUCAGAAGAUAUCACAACAAAAAGCAGCUGCUGAGGAAGAUGAACUUGCUGCUUUGCAAGCAGAAAUGGCACUCUAGGAUGCUACUGCAAAUUUAAUGGUUGUAUUGCCCCUGUAUUGUGAUGUGUUUAUGUGUAAAUAAUCCUUUUAAAAAGAACGAACACUAAAAUUUUAGUUGAUCGUGAUUGAUUAUAAAUUCAAUGAUAGAACAGGAGCCUUGUUUAUUGCGCUGUUAACUGUGAUCAGAAAGAUAUAGUCAUACGUUUUCAAAAGCUUUGUUGUACAAGGAGUAUUAUUGCAUAAAGGAUUAAAAAUGCCAUUUUUACAAAAAAAUGAACUUAAGUACUCUUCUUGAUUAAUA